CACGGCGCUUGCCACAGCCCGCCCGUCCAUCUCGUCCUCCACCAUCAGGGCAUGCCAUGCCAGCCACAGCUCAUCCACCGCCGCCAUGAACGACGCCGGCGACGACUCAAUCGACGGCGACUCGCCCCAUCGCGACGCGACCCCGCACGGCCCCGACGACGCCCACGAUCCCAUCGACCCCAACGACCCCAAAAAGCCCCGCGCCUGCGAGGCCUGCCGCGGCCUCAAGGUCAAGUGCGAGCCCGACCCAAACAACAUCGACAGCCCCUGCAGGCGCUGUGCAAAAGCCGGCCGCAGCUGUGUCAUCACCCAGCCCACCCGCAAGCGCCAGAAAAAGACCGACAGUCGCGUCGCCGAGCUCGAAAAGAAGAUCGACGCCCUCACGGCCACCCUCCAGGCCUCUAGAGUCCCAGGGCAGCCCAGCGCCUCCCCGCUACAGCCCUCACUCCCCGCUGCUGCCUCUGCUGGCGACAAUGCCUAUCCAACCCGCUAUGGCAGCUCCUCCCAUGAGCGUCUGGGCCGCUCGGCCUCGACAGACCACCGCCAGAGCGCAGCCUCGCCCUCAUUCUGGGAUCCUCCUCCCCCGCAACAGCCUCCGCGGCAUUUACUGGGACGCGGAAUAGGCAUUGGCGAUGCCAUCAUACCCCCCGGUAUGGCGCCGGCUUCAAGCGGCCAGAAGCGCAAGUUUUCGGACGAGACCUCGAAUGUGCCAUCACAGCGGCCUGGGACGGGACCUCCUCCGGCAAGGCCACCUCGAGAUCCAAAUCAACAAGUGGCUGACGUCGUGGAUCGCGGCAUCCUCUCCAUCGAGGUGGCUGCCGAGCUCUUCGCCAGGUACACCGAGCAUAUGGCACAGCACCUGCCCAUGGUCAUCUUUGCGCCUGACAUGACGGUCCAGCACCUGCGCAAGACGAUGCCACACCUCUUCCUCGCCGUCCUGGCCGCCGCCGCAUCUGAGAUGCCCGACAUCCAAAGAGUCCUUGUCAAGGAGUUCACGCAGAUGAUUGCAGACAGGGUCGUCAUUAUUGGCGAGAAGAGCAUGGAGCUGGUGCAGGCCAUUCUCGUCGGGGUCAUAUGGUACUUCCCGCCCGAGCACUUUGAGGAGCUCAAGUUCUAUCAGUACGUCCAUUUGGCUGCCGUCAUGGCCAUCGACAUUGGACUCGGCAAGCGCAAGGCGAAUGCCAAGUCGCGGCUCAUCCCGUAUACAUGGCGCGAUCACCCCUUCCGCAAGAGCCCAUUGCCUGAUCCUACCUCGAUAGAGUCACGGCGGACGUGGCUGGGCUGCUAUUUCCUCGCGUCCAACGUCUCCAUGGCUCUCCAUCGGCCAAACUUAGUUCGGUGGACUUCAUUCAUGCAAGAAUGUCUUGACGAGCUUUCGACGUCUCCAGACGCAGCCCCGACAGACAGGACCCUCUGCCACCUAGUAUGGACCCACCGCCUGGCCGAGGAGAUUGGGGUCCAAUUCUCCAUGGACGACCCCAGCAUUCAUGUCGACGUCUCGGAGCCCAAAGUGCAGUACGCCCUCAAAGGCUUCGAACGAGAUAUCAUCAAGUACAGGGAUGCUAUCCCUGCCGAAGAGAGGCGCCCCUCGAUCACCCUCGCGUUCCAUGUCAUCAGCCUAUACAUGCACGAAAUCGCACUGUAUGUCGACAAGGCGGACGAGUUUCGCCCACCACUGAACGCCGAAGCUCUACGAGACCCGAUCCUAGCGCUUAGCGAGGCAUUGACAUCAGCACACAUCAGCGCUCUGUCUUCAUGUCUGACCGCCAUUGACGGAAUCUUCGAGACGUUCUUGGCUAUGGAUGCCAGCGCAAUCCGCUGCCUCCCAAUCUUCAAUUUUGUGCGUGUGGCCUAUGCCGUCGUGGUCCUCAUCAAGAUGUACUUUAGCGCGAGCUCGCCCAACUCGGAGCUAGGCAAGGUCUUUAGAAAAGAGGACAUGAAGGUGCAGAGCUACCUGGACCGCCUCCUGGAGAAGUUCCGCGAGACUGCGGCUUCGGACAAGUCGCGACCAGCGGGCAAGUUUCUGGUAGUCCUCAUGAUGCUCAGUGGCUGGUUCCGCAAGCAGGAGGGCGCGAAGAAUGGCAACCCGGAGGAUCCCAAGGCGAGUGACAAGGGGCCACCUGGCCGGGAUGGAUCGGCAAGCAGAACCGGUCAGCCACUACCCCACGAAUAUCACCAACAACAACAUCAGCCACAGCAACACGGCUCAGGCCAGUGGCAACAGCAACAAAUCCCUCAACCGCAGCAGCAGAACCCACAGGCAAGACAAGAGUAUCCCCAGGCCAGCACACCGCUACAGCUCCUCUCAGAGGUCGCCACGGGAGGCACGCCGGACCAGUCACGUAUGGAAUAUCAACAACAGCAACAAUCGGGUUGGGCAACGACGCCAUCGUACUAUGGCAGCAACACCAACAAUCACAACAAUACCGGCAGCUACAGCAACAGCAACUCCAACGCGACUCCCCCAGCAGGCGGCAGUGAUGUAGCGGGGGCUUCAGCAAUGGCAGGACCCGGCCAGUCCGUCAUGCCGUUCAUGUCCGGCAACAUGCUCGGCGGCAUGAACUGGGCCGAUCUGGACUACGGCAGCCUCGCCGGCGGGACCGGUGGGCUCGAGCAGGCCAUGGGGAUGACGCUGACUGGGUUUGGCGACAUGGUUGGCGGAAUUGGCGGCGGUGGUGGUGGUGGUGGUGGUGGAGGCGGAGGAGGAGAAGGGGAUCCUCAGCAGCAGCAACAAAAUGCGGCCGCGCUGGACCAGGUGCGGUUCCAGAUGACGAAUAAUCACAUCCUCUCGUCGAUAUUGGAUGACUUGCCGAUGGAUCCGCCGAACGGGUGGUUUCAGUAGUUGUCGUCGAUGGCACUUCCUAAGAGUGUUCAUGACUGGUCUUUUUUUUAUACCUAUUGAAUGUCCUUUCUCUGCGAGCGUUGCAGCCUGUUGUUAACAAAAGAGAUGAGAUAUAGUAAUGAUAUCGACCUGGGACUUUGUUUUUG